UCAAGCUCCGGGCCGGAAGCAGGAGGCUGCAGGGGCGGGCCGGCUGGCGUCCCCUUUCCGGCUGGUCCCCAUGGAGGCGCUAGGGAAGCUCAAGCAGUUCGAUGCCUACCCCAAGACUCUGGAGGACUUCCGGGUCAAGACCUGCGGGGGCGCCACGGUGACCAUUGUCAGUGGCCUUCUCAUGCUGCUACUGUUUCUGUCCGAGCUUCAGUAUUACCUCACCACUGAGGUGCAUCCUGAACUCUACGUGGACAAGUCACGGGGAGACAAACUGAAGAUCAACAUCGACGUAUUUUUUCCGCACAUGCCUUGUGCCUAUCUGAGCAUUGAUGCCAUGGAUGUGGCUGGGGAGCAGCAGCUGGAUGUGGAACACAACCUGUUCAAGCAACGGCUGGAUAAGGAUGGCAUCCCCGUGAGCUCAGAGGCAGAGCGUCAUGAGCUUGGGAAAGUCGAGGUAAAGGUGUUUGACCCUGACUCCCUGGACCCUGAUCGCUGUGAGAGCUGCUAUGGUGCCGAGACUGAAGACAUCAAGUGCUGUAACACCUGUGAAGAUGUGCGGGAGGCUUAUCGCCGUCGGGGCUGGGCCUUCAAGAACCCAGACACUAUCGAGCAGUGCCGGCGAGAAGGCUUCAGCCAGAAGAUGCAGGAGCAGAAGAAUGAAGGCUGCCAGGUGUAUGGCUUCUUAGAGGUCAACAAGGUGGCUGGAAACUUCCACUUUGCUCCUGGGAAAAGCUUCCAGCAGUCCCAUGUGCACGUCCAUGACUUGCAGAGCUUUGGCCUGGACAAUAUCAACAUGACCCACUACAUCCGGCACCUGUCAUUCGGGGAAGACUACCCAGGCAUUGUGAACCCCCUAGACCGCACCAACGUCACCGCACCCCAAGCCUCCAUGAUGUUCCAGUACUUUGUGAAGGUGGUACCUACAGUGUACAUGAAGGUAGACGGGGAGGUGCUGAGGACAAAUCAGUUCUCUGUGACCAGACACGAGAAGGUUGCCAAUGGGCUGAUGGGUGACCAGGGACUUCCCGGAGUCUUUGUGCUCUAUGAGCUCUCGCCCAUGAUGGUGAAGCUGACGGAGAAGCACAGGUCCUUCACCCACUUCCUGACUGGUGUGUGCGCUAUCAUUGGGGGCAUGUUCACAGUGGCUGGACUCAUCGAUUCACUCAUCUACCACUCGGCUCGAGCCAUCCAGAAGAAAAUUGAUCUCGGGAAAACCACGUAGCUGUCUCCUUCCCCUCCGUUGUUCCCUUUCUCUUUGGCCUUGUGGUCAUUUCCCAGCCUUCUCCCCACCCCUCCGACCCCCUCAGAGCAUCGGUCUCAGCACAGGUUGAUAAAUCUAUUGAUUGUGAUAGUA